GGAAACCAGCCCUGCCUGGGUCUCUUCUCCCUGGGCCGCCCUGUUUCGCCGUCAUCGCCAUCGUCGUCGCCGUCUGUCCAUCGGUCUGUCUGCCCGUCAUGUUUUCGGUGUCAGUGGUUGCGGGCCUGUCCCUGGUCGUGGUUGCGCUCGCAUCCUAUCUCCUGCUCAAGCCCAAGGUCGUUUCCAUCUCGGUUGCCCCUCCCGCAGAGGCGUCGCCGGAAUGGAAUGGCAAGGUACUCGACAAGCCCUCGAUCAAGUGUGCCGAUGAUCCGUACAAGAUCCAGUGCUAUGAGCCCACCACGGGCCGAUCUCUCGGCAUCCAGCGGGCCACCAAACCCGACGAGAUGAUCGAGAUCAUCAAGAAGGCUCGCGCGGCUCAGGUCGAGUACGCCAAGACAACGUUUGCUCAGCGACGAGCCAUCCUCACGACGCUUCUGGACUUUACCACCAAGAACCAGGAUGACAUCAUCCGAGUGUGCUCCCGCGACUCUGGAAAGGCUUUUGUCGAUGCCAAUCUCGGCGAGAUCCUCGCGACCCUGGCCCGUCUCGAGUUCACGAUUGCUGCUGGCGAGCGGGUGCUCAAGCCCGAACAGCGCGGUGUUUCGCUCCUGACCAUUCACAAACGUCCCCGCAUCGAAUAUCACCCCGUUGGCGUGAUGGGGUGCAUCGUCUCGUGGAACUACCCCUUUCACAACACAUUCGGACCAAUGAUCUCCUCUCUUAUGGCCGGCAACGCCUGCGUCAUCAAGUGUUCGGAGCAUGUUGCCUGGAGUACCGCCUACUGGAACCAGAUCAUCAAGUCCACCCUGCGCGCCCACGGUAUCAACGAGGACCUUGUUACUCUUGUGAACGGAUGGGGAGACGCUGGUGCAGCUUUGGUUUCCAACGCCGAUAAGAUCAUUUUCAUCGGCUCUCCCGGUGUCGGAAAGAUCAUUAUGCGCAACGCCUCGGACACCCUCACUCCUGUUGUUCUCGAGCUUGGCGGCAAGGACGUGGUCAUUUGCUUUGACGACUGUGAUUACAACCAAGUCCUGCACUCGCUCAUGCGCGCCACCUUCCAGAAUGCCGGACAGAACUGCGCCGGCUGUGAGCGUGUGCUCCUCCAAGAAGGCAUCUACGACAAGCUUGUUGCCGAUCUAACCGAGCGUGUUCGCAAGCUCCGCAUCGGCGCCCCUCUGGAGGAAUCGGUUGACGUUGGCGGUAUGACCAUGGAAGCCCAGCUUGCCAUCAUCCAGGACCUCGUCGACGAUGCAGUCCAGAAGGGCGCUCGUCUUCUGGCGGGCGGAAAGCAGUAUAUUCAUCCCAAGUACCCCAAGGGUCAAUUCUACGAGCCGACCUUGCUCGCGGAUGUUACGCUGGACAUGCGCAUCACCAAGGAGGAGGUCUUUGGUCCCGUCAUGGUCAUCAUGAAAUUCAAGACCGAAGAAGAGGCCCUGGCCCUGGCCAACUCUUGUGAAUUUGGUCUGGGAUCGGCUGUCUACACGCUGGACCUCGAGCGCGGCGAGCGCGUGGCUCGCAAGCUCCGCGUCGGCAUGUCCAAUGUCAACGACUUUGGCAUCAACUACCUCUGUCAGUCGCUGCCCUUUGGUGGUGUUCGCAUGUCUGGAUUCGACCGCUUCUCGGGAUACGAAGGCCUCCGUGGCCAGUGUCAUUUGCGCUCGACCACCAGCGACCGCUUCUCUCUCUUUGGCGUGCGCACGCAUAUCCCCGGCCCACUCCAGUACCCCAUUUCCCAGGCGGCUGUUCGCUUUAACGAGGCCCUGAUGAACGUUCUGUUCAGCCCCUCACUGGCCGAGCGUGCCAAGUGGCUCGGGCCACUCAUUGCUGCGGCUUCUGGCUCAGGCGCCUCUGCCAAGCCCAAGAAGCAGAACUAGAGAUCAUGUCGCUGAAAUGCCACAGACGCAACUCUAUCUGAGACCUGUGGCUGUCCUUCAUGCGUGAAUACACAUGCGUACGUGUUCCUGAAA